AUAAAUACUUUUUACAUAGACAAUUUUCAAAAAAAUAUUUGUGCCACGUAAAAAUAAAUAAUUUGUCAAUUUUCCGCACGUGUAAAUUGGAAAAACUCUGAAAACUUUAAUGGGAAAUUCAUCAAUAAGUACGGACGAAGCACGAGCGACGUUAAUUCAUUACGUUUGAGACGUACAGUAACAUUGUUCUGGUAACAUUUCAAAAACAAACUCGUGUGUCGUGUAAUGAUGAACUUGUGAACCGGCGUUGCUGUUGGCGUUUUCGUACGGUUUGCGUUUUUUUGUGUUGGUUCUUUGUUCGUUUUCCAUGUCGCAAAUGAAGUAACAAACCACCAUCCGAGUGACUCUCUUAGUAUUUUGUUUUAAGUAGUGUAGUUCGUCAAAGGGAACAAUGUUAAGCGAAAUGAGUGUGGAGAAUGGCGGCGGCGACGCUAACGGCUCCAAUGUGUCACCGACCAAGCUCAUGGUCAACUAUAUACCGGAAUUGAUGACGCGCGACAUGAUGUACGCGCUGUUCUCCGCGAUGGGCAAGAUCGAGAGUUGCAAGCUGAUCGCCAACCGCGGCUACGGCUUCGUGGAGUACGAGAAACACGAGGACGCGGAGAAGGCGCGCAACGCCUUCAACGGGCUGCUCAUGCAGGGCAAGACGCUCAAGGUGUCGUUCGCGCUGCUCAACCCCGAGAACAAGGCCAGCCACAAGCCCGACACCGAGUCCAACCUGUACAUCAGCAACCUGCCGCCCGACAUGACGCUGGAGCGGCUCAACGCGCUGUUCGGCCAGUUCGGCCACAUCACGAACAGCCGCGUGUCGCAGGGCAUCGGCUUCGUGUGCUACGAGAGCCGGCAGCAGGCCGAAGACGCCAUCGCGCACCUGCACGGGCAGAUGCCGGCGCCGGGCGCGGGCGCGCUGGCGGUCAAGUUCGCCAACAAGCCGGGCGCCAAGCUGCGCGCGCGCGCCGCCGCUCCGCCGCCCUACAACGGCGCAGUGUUCAACGGCGCCGCGCCCGCCUUCAACGGGCCCGGCCUGGGCGCGGCGUUCGGCGCGCGGCCCGCCGCCGCCUUCGCGCCCGGCUUCCCGCAGGCGUCGCCGCCGCCGCUGCUGCCGUCGCCCGGUAAGGCCCUGCCCUUCGUCACCAAGGGCCAGCAGCGCUUCAACCCCAUGGCGGCCACUAACCACAGCCCCUUACCGUUGAUAGGCGCCCCCGCCAGCCCCGUGCCGCUGCUGGGCGCGCCGGCGGCGCCGCACCAGACCACAGUGUACGUAUACAACGUUGGCGAGGACGCCGAGGAGCUCACGCUGUGGCAGCUGUUCGGCCCGUACGGCGCCAUCGACUCUAUCAAGGUGAUCAAAGACCCAGAGACCAAGAAGAACAAGGGCUUCGCCUUCGUCAACAUGCGUGAGUACGACGAGGCGGCCAUGGCCAUCCAGGCCCUCAACGGCUACACGCUCAAUGGACAGGUUUUAUCGGUUAGCUUUAAGACGCAGAAGAGAAGUAACUAGUUAAUGGACGUUUCGACGCCACAUCUCGUUUGUGAUCGUCCCUGGGCCGAAAGCUUAAAGAAAGAUUUCAUUCCAAUCUCAAAAUAUUUUUGUAGUCGAGACGCGAGAUCCUCUAUGUGCAUUUCAGAUUAGUGGCAUAAGUAUUUUUGUAAGAUUUAAUAUAGUUUUCUACUGUUUUACUGGCGAGAGCGCGACAUGACUGUCUGUGAGUUAGUUGGCUUGACAGUAUCCUAUAUGUGUACUUUUAUCGUAUGAUAUGGUAUUAUAUUAUUGGACUAUGUAUGACCUGUCGGAUAUGUAUUGCCCGGGGUCCGCAACGACCCCGGCUCCUCACCCUCCAGGUAUUUUUAUUUUGUGUAAAACCAAACAUUGUAUGUUUUUUAUCUUUAAUAAAUUUCAUGUUUUAAUAGA